GCUAUACUUAAGAGAUCGUAUAUAAAUAUAAAUAUGGAACCUUAAUCUCACACACCAACUCUUCUUCCUUUCCUUCUAAUAAACAAUCUGAAUCACUCCCUUUCUCUAGCAAUUUUUUUCUUUUCUUCCUUCCUCACUAUGGUUUUGAAGCUAUAUGGAUUUCCCAUGUCAACCCCAACAGCGGCUGUGAUGACAUUUCUGGCCGAAAAAGAAAUUGAAUAUGAGCUUGUCUACGUUGAUCUUUCUAAAGGAGAACACAAAUCCCCUGCUUAUCUCAUCAAAAAUCCAUUUGGUCAGAUACCAGUUUUGGAAGAUGGCUCUGUCACACUUUUUGAAUCUCGUGCAAUUACCGCAUACAUAGCCCGUAAGUACAAAUCUGGCACAGAUCUGUCCGGAGAUGAUAAGAUGGAAGCCUCAGCAGUGGUUGGGGUAUGGUCAGAAGUGGAAUCCAAGCAGUUCAACCCUGCUAUCAGUGCUAUCACCUUCGAAAAGUUAAUAAAGCCAUUAUUUCUUCACCAAAUUCCUGAUCAAGCAAUCAUUGAUGAGAACCUCAAGAAACUAGAGAUAGUGCUUGAUGUUUAUGAAACUAGGUUGAGCAAUUCCAAGUACUUGGCAUGUGAAUCUUUCACUCUUGCUGAUCUCCAUCACCUUCCUUACAUUUACUAUUUCAUGAAGACUCCGUGGGCUGAUAUGAUCACAUCUAGGGUUCAUGUUAAGGCAUGGUGGGAGGCCAUUUCAGCUAGGCCAUCUUUUGUUAAGGUUGCUCAGCGGAUUGAGAGUCGGACUUGAGUAGCGGUGCAUUAGUGAACUUAUUGUGUUUUCCAAUAAUUAGCAUUGUUUUACCAACCAGAGAAAAACAACCUUGCUUCGGGCGGCAUGUGCAAGCAACAUUAUGAGAAAAUUAGACAUAACAUAUCAAAUUUAUUUUUGAAUUUCUAUGUAUUUUGUUAUCAAAUUCGAAGUGCUGCUAGUAUAUCAACCAUUAAACU